GGGAGGCUGUGGUGAGAUGGGUACAGCACAGCAAGGAGGACAGACUGCACCACCUACCCAGCAUCCUCCCUCACAUCCGCUUCAACCUGCUGACCUCAGACAAAACGGCAGCCAUCUUGGAACAUCCCCUGGUCAGGGAUCCUGGGAGUUCUGAGGUCAUCACGAAUGUGGUACAGAAAGUGAACUCCAAUCUGAAGCCGAGGCUUGGGAUGACUACAGAAAUGGCUCUGCUGUACCGGGGUCCCAAUGAGCUCCUCUUCAUGAACCCUCGGGAAGGGAAGUACAUCAGCUGCAGUUACAAGCCAGAAGACCUCCCUGAUGUCUCAGCUAUGACAGUCACCAGUGAUAAUGACAUUUGUAUCCUGGAAACUAAAGAAUUAGAGAAUGAGGACCAGGUGUCCCUUUUUAAAUACGACCAUGCAAAGAAUGUGUGGGAACAUGAAAGUAUGUCCUCAAUAUCUAAGUACCCGGAAUGUUAUUUGAAGUGUUGUGAAGAAAUGCUUUUUGAAGUUGAUCGGACAUUGUAUUACCUUAUAUUACAAGACGAGGGACCAUUAGCUUUACUUCAGAUGAGAAUGUACAACCAGCACACAAAACAGUGGCAGGAGUGUUCACAGCUGCAAUUCGAUCGAACUUUAUACUACGUUGCAACUUUGUCAUGUGGUUCACACCUCUAUUUCAUAGAAAGUGAUGAAGUGCAUCGCUACGACCCGAGCCAAGACAAGUGGAGCAUGCGGACCCCACCUUCGCUCAUUUUUAGUGUUUGCACAGCCGUUGCCAUAGGGACAAUGAUUUUCUGUACAGAUGUUGACUUCAGUCAGACUAUGGUUUAUGAUACGGAGUCAGACCACUGGCAGAAAUUGCAAAGCUGGUCGAACCCAGAAAAUUUUGAUAUCAAUGUUAGACCCAGUCUUUUCGUACUGGAUAACCAGCUGCACAUAUGGUUAACCUGUACUAAUGAUGACGAUGAAGAAGAGGAUCACGUAUAUGUGUAUGACAGGCUUUCUGAUGCCUGGACAGACUUGAAGGUCACGCUGCCUGAUAAGGAAUAUUAUGUGCAUGGUCGCCAUUGCCCGGUAGCACGGAUGUACCUGCCAUAUCUUAAAGGACGCAAAAUGAUCACUUCUUACGGUUGCAAACAUUAAUAUGCACACCUAGAGUACAGAGCAGUGCAGUAUUUUUCAUGAUUUUUAGCAAAGCCUUUAUAAUAGGAUAGAUAUUGUACUAGAUUUUGAAUUUAGGAACAUCUUUUCUUAGAAAAGAUACAUUAAUGGCAGCUAUUAUAACACUAUGGUAAAUUCACAAUACCAGCUAAAAGCACACUUACACACA